AUGGGACAGGGAUCCUCAGGUAUGCCAGGUGGCAAUAAUGCCAAUAAGAAGAAAGACGAUAAGAAGAAAGAGAAACCCAAAUAUGAGCCUCCUGUAGAGUCUAAAUUUGGUAAAAAGAGAAGAAAAGGUCCAGACACUGCAGUUAAAUUACCAACGAUAUUACCCAACACAAGGUGUAAAUUGAAGUUGUUGAAAUUGGAAAGAGUUAAGGAUCAUCUUUUGUUAGAGGAAGAGUUGGUUUUCAACCAGGAAGCUUUCCAACCUACAGAAGCAAGACAAGCUGAGGAAAGAGAAAAAAUCGACGAAUUACGCGGGUAUCCAAUGGCGAUUGGAACACUAGAAGAGAUUAUUGACGAUGACCAUGCGAUUGUGUCUAGUACGGCAAGCUCAGAGUAUUAUGUGCCUAUAAUGUCCUUUGUAGAUAAGGGUUUGUUAGAGCCUGGGUGUUCGGUGUUGCUACAUCACAAAACAGUGGCUGUUGUCGGUGUUCUCCAAGAUGAUGCUGACCCAAUGGUCUCGGUAAUGAAGUUGGACAAGUCGCCAACAGAGUCCUAUGCUGAUAUCGGAGGAUUAGAAUCGCAGAUCCAGGAGAUUAAGGAGUCUGUAGAAUUGCCAUUGACACAUCCUGAAUUGUACGAGGAGAUGGGAAUAAAACCACCAAAGGGAGUAAUAUUGUAUGGUGCUCCCGGGACCGGAAAGACAUUGCUAGCUAAGGCGGUAGCCAAUCUGACAUCUGCUACAUUUUUGAGAAUAGUAGGGUCGGAAUUAAUUCAGAAAUAUUUAGGUGACGGUCCAAGAUUAUGUCGUCAAAUUUUCCAAAUCGCAGGAGAACAUGCACCAUCUAUUGUGUUCAUUGAUGAGAUCGACGCUAUUGGUACAAAGAGAUACGAGUCGACAUCCGGUGGUGAGAGGGAAAUCCAAAGAACAAUGUUGGAGUUGCUUAAUCAAUUAGAUGGAUUUGACGAUAGGGGUGAUAUCAAGGUCAUUAUGGCCACUAACAGAAUUGAAAGUCUUGAUCCUGCUUUGAUCAGACCGGGAAGAAUUGAUAGAAAGAUACUAUUUGAGAAUCCCGAUUCAAAUACCAAAAAGAAGAUUUUAUCCAUCCACACUUCGAAAAUGAGUUUGGCCGAUGAUGUCAAUUUGGAUGAGAUUGUUACUGGGAAGGACGAUUUGUCCGGUGCCGAUAUCAAGGCAAUCUGUACCGAAGCAGGUCUUAUGGCCUUGCGGGAGAGGCGUAUGCAAGUCAAGGCGGAUGAUUUCAAAGCAGCCAAGGAAACAGUGUUGAAGAAUAAAGUGGAAGAGAACUUGGAAGGGUUGUAUUUGUGA